AGUUGAAUAAAUUAGGGAAAAAACAAAUUUAGAAAUUAGCGCAUAAGGAUUUUGUUAUUUGUAAUUGUAACAGAGUAACAGGGUAAGUACUGUUUGGCAUUUUGUAAAACCGUCCAGGAGGAAAUGGAUAUUAUCGUCAAUCCGUGAAAAACAAAGAGCCUCGUCGGCAAUCUCCUUCCGAAGUGAGCGAAUAUAAAAUCCUUUUGGCGUGCCUUCGACUGCCAAUUCUUCACUUUCUUCCCCUCUUUUCACCGAAAUCCCAUUCUCCGCAAGUCCCCGACAUCUCUGUUUGGUGUUAUUGAGGUCCUCCUCUCAAUUUCUCGCUUUGUAUCACUGUAUUCACAGGGUUGGUUAGAUCUAUACUUCUCUUUGUACCCUUUUUGUAGUUUUUGAUAUCUGUUUCUGAUCUUCUACAUCCUCUAUUCGUAAGCUUUUGCUGUUCUUUAAUUAUUGCUGAAAUUCAAAUUCGAAUUUUUUGCUUAUACACUCGUUUCGUUAUCUGGGUCUCCCAGAUCUGGCACUCUUCACCAUAAGACUCCUAAAAAAUGGACUAUUUUUGUCAUUUUAAGAUCUGGGUCUUGACCCUUUGCUUGAUUUCCCAAUCCGGUUGUGGAUUUUACCUUCCUGGUAGUUACCCUCACAAAUAUAAUGUCGGCGAAGGUUUGUCGGUGAAAGUGAAUUCGAUCACUUCUAUUGAUACCGAGAUGCCAUUUAGCUAUUACAGUCUACCCUUUUGCCAGCCCCCAGAUGGUAUCAAAGAUAGUGCUGAAAAUCUCGGUGAGCUCCUUAUGGGAGAUAGGAUUGAGAAUUCCCCAUAUAGGUUUAAGAUGCAUGUGAAUGAGAGCGAGGUCUUUUUGUGUAGAACUGGACCCUUAUCUGCUGAUAACUAUAUGCUUUUGAAGAAGAGGAUUGAUGAGAUGUAUCAGGUUAACUUGAUUCUUGAUAAUUUGCCGGCAAUAAGGUAUACUAAGAAGGACGCGUAUCUCUUGAGGUGGACAGGUUAUCCUGUUGGAAUUAAGGUUCAGGAAUCCUAUUAUGCUUUUAACCAUUUGAAGUUUAAAAUUCUUGUUCAUAAGUAUGAGGAGGCCAAUGUGGCUGGUGUGAUGGGUACCGGAGAUGCUGCUGAGGUUAUUCCAACAAUUGGGGAUAGAGGGUCGGAUAUUCCAGGUUACAUGGUUGUGGGAUUUGAAGUGGUUCCCUGUAACUUCAUGCAUAAUGCUCAGUCGGUGAAGAACACGAAAAUGUAUGACAAAUACCCAUCUCUAAUUAAAUGUGAUCCUACUACUGUCUCAAUGCCAAUUAAGGAGAAUGAGCCAAUUGUAUUUACCUAUGAGGUCACAUUUGAGGAGAGUGAUAUCAAGUGGCCAUCAAGAUGGGAUGCCUAUUUGAAGAUGGAGGGGUCAAAGGUGCAUUGGUUCUCGAUCAUGAAUUCUCUGAUGGUUAUCACCUUCCUUGCUGGUAUUGUCCUUGUCAUUUUCUUGAGAACUGUGAGGCGGGAUCUGACCCGUUAUGAGGAACUCGACAAGGAGGCUCAAGCACAGAUGAAUGAGGAGUUAUCUGGGUGGAAACUUGUUGUAGGGGAUGUUUUCCGUGCCCCAACCAAUGCCUCACUGCUGUGUGUUAUGGUUGGAGAUGGAGUUCAGAUCCUUGGAAUGGCAGUUGUGACAAUCUUAUUCGCUGCACUUGGAUUCAUGUCACCAGCUUCCCGCGGAACUCUUAUUACAGGUAUGCUUAUGUUCUACAUGAUUCUCGGCAUUGCAGCUGGCUAUGUAGCAGUCCGCCUUUGGAGGACUAUUGGAUGUGGCGAUCACAAAGGAUGGGCUUCAGUUGCCUGGAGAGCUGCUUGCUUUUUCCCUGGUAUUGCCUUUUUUAUUCUAACCAUUUUGAAUUUCCUACUGUGGGGUAGUCGGAGCACAGGAGCCAUCCCUAUUUCAUUGUUUAUCGUUCUGAUUUUGCUCUGGUUCUUCAUCUCUGUUCCCCUUACCCUCAUUGGGGGAUACUUUGGAGCAAAAGCACCCCACAUUGAAUACCCUGUUCGAACCAACCAGAUUCCUAGGGAAAUACCAGCUCAAAAGUACCCAUCUUGGCUGCUAGUUCUUGGUGCAGGGACUCUUCCCUUUGGUACACUUUUCAUUGAGCUCUUCUUCAUCAUGUCUAGCAUCUGGCUGGGCCGUGUCUAUUAUGUUUUUGGGUUUCUCUUGAUUGUUCUUAUCCUUCUGGUGGUGGUCUGUGCCGAAGUAUCUCUUGUUUUAACUUACAUGCAUCUCUGUGUUGAGGACUGGAAAUGGUGGUGGAAGUCCUUCUUUGCUUCUGGUUCAGUAGCCAUAUACAUUUUCUUAUACUCCAUUAACUAUCUGGUAUUUGAUCUCAAGAGUUUAAGUGGGCCAGUCUCUGCAACACUCUACCUGGGGUAUUCUCUUCUAAUGGUUCUAGCAAUCAUGUUUGCAACCGGAACAGUUGGGUUCCUUUCAUCUUUCUGGUUUGUGCACUACUUGUUCUCUUCAGUGAAGCUGGACUGAGCUACCAAGAAUUGGCACUUUUGGAGAGCAGAAUUUUCACUGGUAGCAGAUAUGACUGCAAACCCUUUACAGUAGUUUUAUCUUCUUUUACUUUUGGUUUGAGUUACUUCCUUAGGGAGCUUACCACAAUGAAGCAGCAAUAAUUUCAACCAGUUUUUGCUCUAUUCUUUUAUUAAAUGGGAGAUCUUGUCUUUGAUAGUAUUAGUAUGAAUAUGAUAGUGAAAAUUAAUUCUAGCUGCUGGGAUUUUUGUUAUUUAUUUCUGUGAGUUUUGUGUGGAUUUGAUCCAGUGAUUUCGAAAGAACUGAACUGAACUGAACAAGGAGCUAUAUACAGUUUUAUAGAACGGCAGUAAGGGUGAUGUAUUUAUUAAUUUUUUUUGACAGUUUAUAGUCUAAGAGGGGAAAGGGAAGAAUCAAGGAUGUUUCCCAAACCUUAAUGUCUAUUUUACAGCUUUGGUUCAAUUCAAUAUAUAUAGUAGACAAUUUUAGUUUUCAA